CUAUAAAAGCGGCGAGAUUAAAGGAUCGACAUGCAGUGCAUCUACAGAACACCGAACACCCUCACGAUGGCUGUUCGUGCUCUUGGCUUAGUGCUCUUGUUUUCACUCGUCGCGUCACUUUCAGGGUUGCCACCGCCUCCACCACCGUCUUCUCCAGAGUUGACUGUAAAUACACACGAAGAACACACACUGUCAACCGAGCUGCAGCCGCCGCCAUUAGACGAGAAAGAACACCAUGCUACACUUUACAUAAUUAAUUUGUAUGCUGUGAAGAAUAGCAGCGGCAAUACGUCGGAGGAAAUCUUUGAGAAUGAUGUCAUCGAAGCUGUACCUGAAAUAGCGGAGCCGUUCGCUACUGUUCUCUUACUGGUAGACGAUGAAGACGAGGAAAAGAAACGCUCAGCCGCCGACCUCGACGAAUUUGCGGAGGGAUUGGAAAACAAAGGAAUCAAGGUCGACAAGAUCGACCUGAACAAGGAUAAAUUGCUCAGGGUGAAGUUGCAUAAGUUUGAGGCGCAGAGUAUGGUGGAUGCGGCUGCGAAACCGGGCGAUGCGACGAAAGAUCGCAAGAAGAGGACCGUCUGCAUGAAGUGCGGCGGAGGCGGAGGCGGAUACGGUGGUGGUCAUUAUGGUGGUCAUUAUGGUGGUCAUGGUGGUGGAGGGUAUCGGACAGCAGUUGUAGUACCAGUUGUAGUCAUACCUAUUGCAGGAGGUGGUCAUAGAGGUGGUUAUGGAGGAGGCAAACAGCCUUAUGGAGGCGGUGGAUAUCCGAGCGGCGGCGGCGGCGGUUGUAAUACUUGCGGCGGCGGCGGUUAUGGAGGAGGCGGAUCGUACUCUCAAUCAUCCGCUUCGGCGCAAUCUUCUUCUGGAAGCUGGGGAGGAAAAUGAGCGGCGCGUGUUUAAUCGUUAUUUAAUAAAUGUGUUGCCAUUAAUGAUUUAUGCUGCCUUGUCAUGUUCAAUACACAGCGCGAGGAAGAAGCGCGGAUUCUUCGAACACUUUAAACCACUACGAAUAAACGCUGCGGAUAAUAAUAACAUUCGAUAAUAGUCUCAAAAUGUUGUAACAUGACGCAUUCCUGUUUGUUCAUUUGUAUAACACACUUGUACUCGGCGGAUGAUAGCCGUGAAUAAACAUCAAAACAGGUUUGGCUUUAACAAAAAUUAUGACUCACUGUGCUAUUUGGACGUAAAACAACUUCCGGGAAAUAAUUGCAAGCUUAGUGAUUGGUUUCUCAUGGAUCUUUAGCGGAAGAAGCGCUGCGUGUUAACGAGACAUGUUUGCACAUCUUCGCGUGGCUUUAAUACUCCAUUUAUUCCUGCGCUUCUCGAUAUAAACCUGCACUUAUGAUAAUCAAACAAUCCACCGCCAUUAUCUCUCUUUUUUGUUUAACUCGCAAAUUCGCGAAACUGCCAAUUUUUCGAAAGCACCUUCACGAGUCAAGAACCGAUAAUUCGCUAAUCUCCACAUUUUUACGGCGUAAUUUUUUAACAGAGAUAUUCGAGGAUAAAUGUCUCUCUCGAAUGAAAUCAGAAUAAGACCCGUAUGAAGAUUGUAACGCGUGAAGAAACGUGAGACAAACGGUCAAGUAUCAUUUUCAAAUUCGCGAACCGUAAUGCGCGCACGAAUCCGUUCUAUAUUAUCACGCGAAACCCGUUCUGCGUUAUCAGCCCGUCGUGAAUUCACCGGCAGAAAGUUCGAAACCGGAGCGGCGCAAUCUCGCACGGUUCUUUUCUCGCGACACGCUCCGCGAGAUCGGCAUCAUAAGUAACUCGUACGCGUUUCUAUCAGCUGGAUCUAGGCGCCACGGCCUUAACCGGACUCUCUAUAAAUACGACCGGUAUGAGAGCGCGGCACCGCAGCCGUCGCGGAACGAUUUCAACGAUGCGCCGGCCGACCGUCUGCAACAGCGAGUGGCAACAGUAAUUACGGUGCAAGUUGGGUGAACGUAACGGUAAAGUUUCGAUUCUUUCCGCCGUCUCUUCGCGCCGGACGGGGCAAAAGAGAGUACCGCGACAACGCGGAGCGAAUUAUCCGCCGAAACGUGAAGCUGGUCGGAAAUCGGUAGCAGCCGGUUAUCGAGCAAGUUGAUCCGAUCGAACGCGAGCGCUCGCACGCCGAAAUAAUCCCUUCGGCGUGCUCAUCGGUGCUGAUUACGGAAAAUAAAAAAGGACGAAUAUGAGGAGCGUAAAUUCAUACCGAUUAAAAUGGCUCAUCACUUGCUACGUGCGUCAGCAAUCUGCAAUUUUUUCCUCCUGAUUUCACGGCCGCAACUACAAGUGACGAUUGCGUCGAGGAUUUUUUUUCUAAUUUCCUUUAGCUACAUCUCACUCAUGAUUAACUACCUAUCAUUCUUCAAGACACCACAUUCGAUAAAGCUAUUGUUAAAAUUAAGGUCAAGUUCUGCCGUAAAAAAGAUUUAGUUAAGAACAAGCAAAAAAAAAACAAGACUAAAAGCAUAUGCGAAUAAAUAGAAAAAACGUGCGUAUUGUAUUUUAUUUCUAACGCUAAUUAAUAAUUACGCUCGAUAUGCGCCGAACGCGUGCAAUUUUACAUUUAUAAAUUGAAAAAAAA